AAGCCGCCGGCGACCAGUUAGCCCGAUUAACCCAAAACAUUUUUAAAGAAUUACAUGUCGGUGAAAAUCAGCCCGAGCAAGAGAUGGUUGAAAAAAGUUUUAAUUAUUUUCGUCCUGGUUGUGAAAUUGUUGCUGGAAAUUUAGAGGAAGAAUUUGUAAAAAGAACCAAAGGAUACCAAUUCACCAAAAGUCUGUAUAAUUAUGACACUUUUGACAGCAGCAUUGAAUUUCAAUUUGCGAAGUUAAUUGAUAAAACCAGAGAAGUUAAAAAAUGA